AAAGAAAAACAAACCUUUAGGUUAGCCCACUUAACAAAAAAAGCAUCUGGUGUCUCAUAUUAUAUUACGACACUGCGACUUCUCUUUGUAGAGUAUUAUCUGAUUUUCAAUUGACCUUCAAGUAUUCAUCUUUGUUGAUCUGAAAACAUAAAGUUGAAAGAUGGAUGAAGAGUAUGAUGUUAUAGUGUUGGGAACUGGUCUCAAAGAAUGCAUCCUUAGCGGUCUUCUCUCCGUUGAUGGCCUCAAGGUUCUGCACAUGGACAGAAAUGACUAUUAUGGAGGAGAGUCUGCAUCACUUAACCUUGUUCAGCUCUGGAAGAGGUUCAGGGGAGAUGAGAAACCUCCAGCACAUUUGGGUUCAAGUAGGGAUUAUAAUGUGGACAUGGUCCCUAAGUUUAUGAUGGCAAAUGGCAAUCUUGUACGAGUCCUCAUUCAUACAGAUGUUACCAAGUAUCUAUACUUUAAAGCAGUGGAUGGCAGCUUUGUCUACAACAAAGGGAAGGUUCACAAAGUGCCAGCAACUGACAUGGAAGCACUUAAAUCUCCUCUCAUGGGUAUUUUCGAGAAGCGCCGUGCUCGCAAAUUUUUCAUAUACGUCCAAGAUUAUGCUGAAAAUGAUCCCAAAACACAUGAAGGAAUGGACUUGACUAGGGUUACAACUAGAGAAUUGAUUGCAAAAUAUGGACUUGAUGACAACACUGUGGACUUCAUUGGUCAUGCGUUAGCUCUUCAUAGAGAUGAUCGGUACCUAAAUGAACCUGCUCUGGAUACUGUUAAGAGAAUGAAGUUAUAUUCUGAAUCUCUUGCUCGUUUUCAAGGAGGAUCACCUUAUAUUUAUCCACUGUAUGGAUUAGGCGAGCUGCCGCAGGCAUUUGCACGCCUUAGUGCUGUUUAUGGUGGUACAUAUAUGUUGAAUAAACCCGAGUGUAAGGUAGAGUUUGAUGAGGAAGGUAAAGUUGUUGGUGUCACAUCAGAAGGGGAAACUGCUAAGUGCAAGAAAGUUGUUUGUGAUCCUUCUUACUUGCCCAAUAAGGCUAGAAAGGUUGGUAGAGUUGCAAGGGCAAUUGCCAUUAUGAGCCAUCCAAUUCCAAACACCAAUGAAUCUCAUUCAGUUCAGGUUAUCCUACCACAAAAGCAGUUGGGUCGCAGAUCAGACAUGUAUCUCUUCUGCUGUUCUUAUUCACACAAUGUAGCUCCAAAGGGAAAAUUCAUUGCAUUUGUUUCAUCAGAGGCAGAGACCGAUCAUCCUGAGGUUGAAUUGAAGGCGGGAAUCGAACUUCUAGGUCCUGUUGAUGAGAUAUUUUUUGACAUUUAUGACAGAUAUGAGCCUGUCAAUGAACCCUCUCUGGACAACUGCUUUAUUUCAACGAGCUACGAUGCUACAACACACUUUGAGUCAACUGUGACAGAUGUACUAAAUAUGUAUACAAUGAUCACUGGGAAGGUUCUUGACCUGAGCGUGGAUUUGAGUGCAGCCAGUGCAGCAGAAGAAUGAGUAAUGUUGCUUUGCCUUGUUCCGAGGAGUCCCUUAUUUCGUUAUGAAAGUUUGUACUUCUCUUCUCUUGGUUUACUUCAUUUAUCCAACGGUAUUUUCAUCUUGUAAUAAAUUUAUGUUUAAACCUCAUUAUGUAAGUUGAAACUUUCGUUUGGUUGUGUGCAUGCCGAGUUUAAAUUAUUACAUGGUUCCCCUAUGUUAGGAGGAUAUAAAUGAGAGUGCCAUUUUAUGUGAUCUAA